GCUUCGACCCGACCAGUGGGAAGAGGGCGAAGAGAUUCGCCCAAAAAGGAAAAGUCCGCAAGGACGGGCAGGGCAGAGCCAGUGCCGAGCGGUUGGUUCGCUUAAACCCUGCACCUCGUACUCCAUCCUGUCCGUGGGCAAGGAAAGCUGCACCAGCUGCAGCUCUGGGCCGGCCAUGGACAUCCUCAAUGUUUGACUCUCCUCGAAGAAGAUAAGAAGGAUUGGGCUGGACGAGGUCGUCGAGUCGCACGGUGAAGGAGGGGCAGAUUGAAUGGGGGUGAGCACCACGGUGAUGGGUGCAGCUGCCCAUCACUCUACAUGCUCCCUGGUCGCACCCAUAGCUCCGCAUUUCCGUGGUGUUCUCGCAGCUGCAGGGAGAUGUAGCCAUUAUCCAAAAAAUGGAUUCCGGAACGGUGGAAUCAGUGGGCGCGAAGUUCGGUGGGAUAAGGCAGCUCCUUCGAAGCUGAGCACACCUCUCGAGGCGCAGAUUGUCAGUAAGAAAUGUUGCAAUUUUCUGGGAACACAGCGUUCUGCAGCCAGUUCGUUCGGCUUGAAUCAGGAGCACAACAGAAUUGAUGUUCAGAGAAAACAUAUCAUCGUUGCAUCUGCUGCUAAACGCAGUAGGCAGAAGCCCGAAUCUAAGAAAUCACAAAGAGCGACCCUUGGAGCGGGACUCACGAGAGAGGAGCAGGAAAAUGUGUUGGAUUUGCUGAACGACUCAGGCUUGAAUGGGAACUGGCUUUACAAGGAUGACGAGUUUGAUGACUUAGAUGAUGCUCCAUUCUUGGAUGCAGUUGUUAAGGUCUAUACCACGCGAUCCGAACCGAACUUUUCACUUCCAUGGCAGAAGAUGAGGCAAUACUCCGUCACUGGCAGUGGCUUCAUGAUCUCGGGGCGGAGAUUGCUUACUAAUGCCCAUUGUGUCGAGCACCACACUCAGGUCAAAGUAAAGAGGCGAGGAAUCGACACGAAAUUUGUUGCCACAGUGUUGGCAGUUGGUCGAGAGUGCGACAUUGCACUUCUUUCUGUUCAAGACGAGGAGUUUUGGGCAGAUGUGGAGCCUCUAGAGUUUGGCGGGCUUCCUCGAUUGCAGGACCCAGUUACCGUGGUUGGUUACCCCAUCGGGGGAGAAACGAUUUCUGUAACUAGUGGUGUUGUCUCUCGAGUCGAGAUAACAUCUUAUGCACAUGGAGCGACUGAGCUUCUGGCUGUACAAAUUGACGCCGCAAUUAAUCCGGGUAAUAGUGGUGGUCCGGCGUUCGAUGAAGAUGGUGAAUGUGUUGGAAUUGCAUUCCAGUCUAUUGAUGCCAGUGAUGCAGAGAAUAUUGGAUAUGUAAUACCAACACCCGUAAUCAAGCACUUCCUCUUUGACUACGAACGUAACGGGAAGAAUACCGGCUUUCCUUCUUGUGGGCUGGUGUGGCAAAGGUUGGAGAACAGUGCGUUACGAGCAGCUCUUCAAAUGACCAACAGCCAAAGGGGUGUGCUUAUUCGAAGAGUAGAACCAACAUCACCAGCAUCAAAAGCUCUUAAAGCCGGAGAUGUGCUCAUGAAAUUUGACGGUGUACCAGUGGCUAAUGAAGGAACUGUACCUUUUCAAGCAGGAGAGCGCAUUGCCUUUACAUUUCUUGCCAGCCAAAAGUAUUCGGGGGACCUGGUGGAAGUUGAAGUACUUCGCGGCGGUGAAGUAAUGACUCUACAAACGGCUUUGAAAGCACCCACAAGGCUGGUCCCUGUACAUAUUGAUGGAAAGCUGCCCUCAUACUUGAUUGUGGCAGGACUCGUAUUCACAGUUGUCAGUCAACCAUUUUUAGAAUCACAUUUUGGUAUGGAUUACGAUUCUAACAUACCUGUGAAGAUACUGGAGAAAGCAACAUAUGGCAUGGCCGAGUUUGAAGACGAACAAUUGGUAGUUGUAUCGCAGGUACUUGCAAGCGAUGUCAAUGUAGGAUAUGAGGACAUUGAAGCUGCCCAGGUGCUAAGUUUCAAUGGUUCUAAAAUUCGAAAUCUGAGGCAGCUUGCGCAAUUAGCAGACUCAUGCGAGGACAGGUACAUACAAAUAGAGCUUGAUAAUGAAAUGCUCGUGGUGCUCGAAACCGAGCAAGCCAGGACAGCCAUACCACAGAUUCUUCGUGAUCACUGCAUACCAGCAGAUCGAUCAGAGGAUCUUUUAGCAGCAACAUCUUGAAGCAUUGUAGUUGGGCGAAGUUGUUUCAGUUAGGUACUUACAAUUGUAAUCUGUUCACACUUGAAUGAGAAUGAUUCAAGCUUGGGCGCUCUCUUCUACUAUCUUUGCCACC